AUGGAUGCCAACGAAGUUGUCCAAGCAUGCAUAGCAGCUAUUUGCGAAUUAUUAAAUGAAGAAAUGAGAGACAUUUUGUCAAACUUUGACAGAAAAUGUAGAAAACGUCAGUUUUGGGUCAGGACUUGGAUAUUUCGAAGAAAUAAAUUGGGCGUUUCAGGAACCCUGCUCAAGGAACUGGCUUUAGAGGACAAUGAUGCCUACAAAAACCAUUUGAGAAUGUCCGAAGAACAAUUUCAAAGACUUCUUCUAAAGAUAAAAAGCAAAAUACAAAAGCAAGAUACCAUUAUGAGAAGAUCUAUCUUUUGCGAUGAUAGUAAAAGCGUUGUCUCGAGCAUCCUCGUUUCGAUAACUCUCGAGCAGGGUAUUCCAUAA